CCCUAACACCAUGUAGUUUGACGUAUCACACAUCAGAAGGCUUUUGGCUAGAAACUUGUGUUUAUUUUCUUUAGCGGACACCAAGUUAUCCUUGGUUCUAUCGUUAUUUUUGACAGGUACACAGUUGAAUAUAUAAGUCGCUGUGUAAUACCGAAGAAAGUCUAAAACUUGUUACAAAACGGUCCCUUGGACGAUAAAUACACUAGCGUUGGGGUUAGUAGUUAGCUAAUUCUGUAGCUAAUUAGCUAGCUAGCAACAACAAGGAAAGAUGGGGUCGAUUCUUAGUCGGAGAAUCGCUGGCGUUGAGGAUAUUGAUAUCCAGGCGAAUUCUGCAUACAGAUUUCCACCGAAAUCGGGGAAUUACUUUGCCAGCCAUUUUUUCAUGGGAGGGGAGAAAUUUGACACUCCCCAUCCAGAGGGUUACCUAUUUGGAGAAAACAUGGAUCUGAACUUCCUUGGAAAUAGGCCUGUACAAUUUCCGUACGUGACCCCGGCACCUCAUGAGCCUGUGAAGACCCUGAGAAGUCUGGUCAAUAUCAGAAAGGACUCCCUGCGCUUGGUCAGGUACAAAGAUGACACUGAUGCUCCAGUAGAGGAAGGAGGGAAGCCAAAGGUUCUGUAUGGUGUGGAGUUCACAUUUGACGCUGAUGCUCGUGUGGCUAUCACCCUGUAUUGCCAAGCUUUUGAGGAAUUCACCAAUGGGAUGGCAAUGUACAACCCAAAGGGCCCAGCCCUGGUUUCUGAGACUGUACACUAUAAGAGGGGUGUGAGCCAACAUUUCUCCCUGCCUUCUUUCAAAAUCGAUUUCACCGACUGGAAGGAGGAGGAUCUGAACUUUGACCUGGACCGGGGUGUUUUCCCCAUGGUGAUCCAAGCUGUGGUGGAUGAAGGGGAUGAUUGCUUUGGACAUGCACAUGUGCUGCUGGCAGCCUUUGAGAGACAUGUGGAUGGCAGUUUCUCCGUCAAGCCUCUGAAGCAGAAACAAAUUGUGGAUCGUGUGAGCUACCUGCUGCAGGAGAUCUAUGGAAUUGAAAACAAAAACAACCAAGAGACCAAGCCGUCGGAGGAUGAGAACAGUGACAACAGCAAUGAGUGUGUUGUUUGUCUGUCAGACCUCCGAGACACCAUCAUCCUGCCCUGCAGACACCUGUGUCUCUGCAACUCCUGUGCUGACACCCUGCGUUACCAGGCCAACAACUGUCCUAUCUGCAGACUGCCCUUCCGAGCCUUGCUGCAGAUCAGAGCUGUGAGGAAGAAGCCUGGGCCACUGUCCCCUGUCUCUUUCAGCCCUGUACUGGCUCAGACCAUGGACCAUGAUGAGCACUCGAGCUCAGACUCGGUUCCCCCAGGCUUUGAGCCCAUCUCUCUGCUGGAGGCCCUGAACGGCCUGCACUCUGUGUCCCCCUCCAUCCCCCCCGCCCCCCUCUACGAUGAUAUUAACUUCUCUGGGAGCCUGGUAGGGGAGGGCCGGCCGCUGGGCUCCCCAGAACACUCCGGUGACGGGGGCCUGCAGAAGGGCAAAGUCAGCAAGUCACCUGACAGCACCCUGAGGUCGCCCUCAUCACCUAUCCAGGAGGAGGAUGAGGAGAAGCUGUCUGAGAUGUCUGACGCCCAGCCUCACACACUGCUCUCCAGCAGCCCUGCUCCCACCGAGGCCACUGCAGCCGAGGAUGUACCGGAGUCCAUCUCCCCAGAUGAUGAGGACAGACUGCACUCUGGAGGAGAGAGAGAGAUCCUUCAGGACUACAGCAGUGAACACAGCAGCCUGACCAAAACAGAGAGUGACCCGCCAGGGGACCUGUCUCUGCCAGCUCUAGGUCCUGAUGCCUGCUCUAUUGGUAUGGAGGAAUAAAUGUGGGUCAUCAGAGAGCCUGAAGAGUCAGAGUACCAACUGCUCCAGCCAGCCCCUCCUGUGUCCCCCCAGCAGCCUUCACAUGGAGGAUGAGCAACUUGACCCCUAACCUCUGGGCCCAAUGGUUCUCCCUCUCUGGCUGAGUCCCAAUUCACUUUCUCGCAUGUAUUUAACAAUGGUGGAAACUCCCUCCAGUCAAUAAUUACACCAAUCCAAUGCUUUUAAAUCCAUGACGGGGAGUGUGAAAGUGCACAUUUAGCCUGGAUGAAAAAUUGGGACUUGGUCUCCUCCCAAGCCAUCUCUCCCCCAUGAUCCAGUCCCCUUGGGCCUUGUAGAAGACCACUUUCCUACUUUAGUCAUCGAUUCAUGAUAUAACUGGCAUUGAUUCAAAAUGUGUUUGUGGUGGUCACUGCAAGGAUUUACUAAAACCAUACUAUACCUUAACUAAAAAACAACAAGUCCUUAAUUAGAUUGCUUUACAUUCAGUUGAAGUCGGAAGUUUACAUACACCUUAGCCAAAUACAUUUAAACACAUUUUUUCACAGUUCCUGUCAUUUAAUUCUAGUAAAAUUCUCUGUCUUAGGUCAGUUAGGAUCACCACU